UUAAGCACCUUAUUUAGUUCUAAGCAAUGAAAAUAAGACAUAAGCUUCUCUGUGGAGUGUGUAUAUAAAGGCUGCCUCACACACCUAAGAACAACAAACCGAAUCUGGUGGAUAACCACGAACAGUAACGAAUUUUAAUCACUGUUGCUUCUUUGACUCAAAACAGGUAAGACACUGACGUUUUACUCAUUCUACCUUCUACUUAUUAGUUUGUGUAUUUUCUUCAAAUUCAAUCAAUUUAAUGUUUCUCAUGUCAAAUGGUACAAUAUAUUAUUGGUGCAUUUAUAGUAUAUUAGUAUACAGCAGAUCAGGGAUGUUGUCCCAAGACUCAAACAUUCACAGUUUUGUAUGUUCAUUAUAGAAUGGGAUCCUCUAAGAUGGCCCUGCUGCUGGUGCUGCUCUCCUGCGUAGAGCUCAGUCUGUCUGCCUCCUGUGUCGUUGACAGCUUCACAGUCAAACAGGACUUUGAACCCAAGAGGUAUGCAGGAAAGUGGUACGCACUGCAGAAGAAAGACCCAGAGGGCCUGUUCCUGCAGGACAAUAUCUCAGCUGAAUACACCAUUGAUGAUGACGGCUCCAUGAUCGCCUCCUCCAAGGGACGUGUCACUCUGUUUGGCUUCUGGGUUGUGUGCGCUGACAUGGCUGCCCAGUACUCUGUCCCCGACCCCACCACCCCCGGCAAGAUGUUCAUGAACUACCAGGGACUGGCCAGCUACCUGUCCAGUGGAGGUGACAACUACUGGGUGAUUGACACCGACUAUGACAACUACGCCAUCACCUACGCCUGCCGUACCCUGAAGGAAGAUGGCAGCUGCGACGACGGAUACGCCAUUAUCUUCUCCAGGAACCCCCGUGGCCUGCCACCCGCCAUCCAGCGCGUUGUCCGUCAGAAACAGGAUGACAUCUGCAUGGCCGGAGAGUUUCAGCCUGUCCUGCAGUCUGGAGCCUGCUAAAGAGAAAGAGAAAGAGAAAGAGAGCGUGAGAGUGUGAGAGUGUGAGGCUGAGUGAGCCAGCUAGGAGAAGAAGAGGGGGAAAGGAAGAGUGCAUGUGACAGAAGGUCUGUAUGUGAGAGUGAUAAUGUGAAUGGAGAGAUGCAAAAAAAUAAAAAAGAAUGAGAAGAGGAAAAACAUGAGGAAAUCAUUAAGCAAAGACAGUGAAAAACCUGCAUACGGCCAAGGAUUCUAAC